CUCUCAGUGCCAAGACGGAAAAUGACAACUAACAUGGCUCCGACAGCAGUACUGACCAUUCUUUUUGUGGUGCUUCUUGCCUUCCCGUGCAAUCUGCACAAAAUUCCUCCACACGAAGAUGUCGCUAGGGUAGCAAGAUUCGUCGCCAACCAGUGCGACUGGGCAUCGAUGGCUACAAUUUCCACCCACGAUCCCAUCAAAGGACAGCCUUUUUCCAAUGCGUUUUCCGUGAGCGACGGCCCAGUCGGGUAUGGUUCUGGUGUGCCUUACAUGUACCUGACCCUCAUGGAAAUCUCAGUGCAGGAUCUGCAGGUGAAUUCCCAGGCCUCUCUCUCCAUGUCUCUGGCUCAGACAGACUUCUGUAAGAACGAGGGCUACGACCCCCAGAGCCCCCUGUGUGCUCACAUAAUCUUCUCUGGAACUGUGGUAGAGGUGAAUGGAACAGAGGCAGUAACAGCCAAGAAGGCUUUAUUUGGACGACACCCCGAGAUGGCAGACUGGCCCUCCGACCAUAACUGGUUCUUCGCCAAAAUGAACAUUACACAGGUGUGGGUCCUGGACUAUUUUGGAGGAGUCAAGACCGUCACCCCAGAGGACUACUUCAAGGCCACGCCUUACAAGAGCUUCCACUCAUUUUUAUUUUCAGGAUGACACUAUCUUGGACUGGAAGCUGUGGAGCAGAGGGAUCCGAAAGUGUUUGCAGUCUCUGCAUGAUCAGCAGCAGUGAUAGGCAGCACUACCAUCACUGACCAAAGACUGCUAUUAUAUACUACUAAAGAACGUGUGUCAGAGCACAAGAAUGGCUUCUCAUAUGGCUGCUUGAAAUUUAAGCAAUAAUGAAGAACUGCUUAUUGCGUUUUUGUGUGUGUUGAGAAAUCAGUUCCAUGGCAGAAUGAUAUUGAGUUUCAUUUCCGUCUUCUGCAUUUUAGGCCCAGUUAAACUACUGCAGUCACUACAAGCAGUGUGGUGUUCUAACCAUAAGAGGGGGCUCUUGGUACAAACUUGUACAGACUAAUUUUGUAAAAAGGAAUUUAUGCUGUCAGGAAAUGACACAUUUUUUAUCCACAAUGAAUACAUAUUGUUUAUACACUUAUUGUUUUUCAACAUGGCACUUUACUAAAGCAAUUUAUGAAUAAUUUACUUGCUUAACUUGUUAUGAUGCAAAAUCUGAGAUAAAUAACCCUGUUCUGUUUAGGUGUUACACCUCAUGGUUUCAGAAUGUGAUCUAUUUGCAGAUGAAAUGUACUCAGGGUACUAGUUUUGUAAAAACCCUAGUUUUAUUUGUAAAACUAAGAUUUUUUUACAAGGACGUUGCUCUGUAUUCACAAGCUGGUUCUGUUCAAUCACA